UUGUGUUAUAAUUCCACCUCAGUUUGACAUUUCCGUAAUCGCAUAACGCCGUAGAAACUCCCAUGUUAGUAUCGUACUGUUGUUAAGCAGGACAAUGAUGUCGUCGCUUUUAUUUAUUUUAAUGCCCACACGGGCGCAUUUUCGUGAGAAUCUGCUCUGUCCAUGAGGAUUUCCCCCUAUUGCCUUUAUCAUAUUUUAAGUCGGGAGGAUUUUCCCCCUCUCUCGUUUUUCGUCGGUUUGUCUUUAAGAUAGCAGGCUAUUAAUUUUUAAUUCUUAUGCAUCCGCACGAAGACGGGACCUGAGAGGAGAAAACGAGUGAUAACCAGAGGGGAAGAGAAGGGGAAGGAGGCAAGUGAGAAGGGAAGCGAGAAUGAAUGAGACACACUGAGGCAUCAAGAAAAGGAGAUUGGAGGAAUCAAGGACCACCCUCAGGGAGGGUGUAAGCUGAGGACCUGCCACCCCGCUCACCUGUGCCUGCUGACCACCUCUACGCUUUAGCCCCACCCCUCAACCCCUGCUCAGCCUCUACCAUGGCUCUGGCAGUCUGGAUCAUCUUAACUUGUGCUGUGGCUUUCAGCAAUGUCACCCCUUCCUCCCCAGCCCUGAGCCGAUCAAUGAUGCCCUUCGGCCUGAUGCGUCGAGAGCUGGCGUGUGAAGGCUACCCGAUCGAGCUGCGCUGCCCUGGAAGCGAUGUCAUCAUGAUUGAAACGGCUAACUACGGCCGCACUGAUGACAAGAUCUGUGACGCAGACCCCUUCCAGAUGGAGAAUGUGCAGUGCUACCUGCCCGACGCCUUCAAGAUAAUGUCACAAAGGUGUAAUAACCGCACCCAGUGUGUGGUGGUAGCGGGGUCGGACGUGUUCCCAGACCCCUGUCCAGGGACCUACAAGUACCUGGAGAUCCAGUACGAGUGUGUCCCCUACAUCUUUGUGUGUCCGGGGACACUACUGCGGGUUCAGGCGGCCAGCUCUCUGCAGGAGGCGGAGCACCAGGCAGGUGCGUGGUGUAAGGACCCGCUGCAGUCUGGAGACCGUCUGUACAUCAUGCCCUGGACUCCCUAUCGCACCGACAUGCUGUUUGAGUAUGCCUCCUGGGAAGACUUCAAACAGAACCGAGCCACCACCACCUACAAGUUGCCCAACAGAGUUGAUGGAACAGGGUUUGUUGUGUACGAUGGUGCAGUAUUUUACAACAAAGAACGCACACGAAACAUUGUCAAGUAUGACCUAAGGACACGCAUCAAGAGCGGGGAGGCCAUUAUCACAAACGCUAACUACCAUGACACCUCACCUUACCGCUGGGGAGGGAAAUCAGACAUCGACCUGGCUGUGGAUGAGAGCGGCCUCUGGGUGAUCUACGCCACUGAGUCCAACAAUGGACGACUGGUGGUCAGCCAGGUUAAUCCUUACACACUGCGAUUUGAAGGCACAUGGGAGACCAGCUUUGACAAGAGGAUGGCAUCCAACGCCUUCAUGGCGUGUGGUGUGCUUUACGCAGUGCGGUCCGUCUACCAGGAUGAUGACAGCGAGGCAGGCGGCGACCUGAUCAUGUAUGCCUACAACACAAACCACGGCCGUGAGGAACCUGUCAACAUCCCUUUCCCAAACCCCUAUCAGUAUAUUUCCUCUGUGGACUACAACCCUCGGGACAACCAGCUCUAUGUCUGGAACAACUAUAACGUGCUGCGCUACUCUCUGGAGUUUGGACCACCAGAUCCCACCACAGGCCCUCUGACCACCACCCAAGUGACCACCACUCUUCCAGCGAGGCCCUUCACAUCAAGUGCCAGCCCCUCUACGGCUCGCCCCCUGGCCCCCACCUCGCGCCCAAUCGGCUCAAUCAACAAGCACCCUGAUCUUCGACCAAUCACAGCUACUGUGCCUGUCACCCGCCGGCCACCCCUCCCUCCUCAAGGCCUGGAGCCACAUGUCUGUGAGUCCAAGCUGGUGCGAGGUGUCCAGUGGCCCACCACGCAGAGAGGAGAAACAGUAGACCGCCCAUGCCCCAAAGGAUCUCUCGGCAUCGCCUCGUUCCAGUGCUUGGCGGAGCAGGUCAUGUGGAACCCGCGGGGUCCUGACCUGAGUAACUGCACCUCCCCAUGGGUCAACCAGGUGGCCCAGAAGAUAAAGAGCGGGGAGAAUGCUGCCAACAUAGCUGGGGAGCUGGUGAACCACACGCGCGGCCGGAUCCAGGCUGGCGAUGUCAGCUCGUCCGUGCGGCUGAUUGAGCAACUACUGGACAUUCUGGAUGCCCAGCUUCAGGGUCUGAGGCCCGGAAACAAGGAGUCAGCUACACGAAACUACAGCAAGCUCCAGAAGCGAGAGCGGACCUGUCGGGCCUACAUCCAGGCGGUGGUGCAGACAGUGGACAACCUGCUGCGCCCUGAAGCCCUGGAGUCGUGGCAGGACAUGAACAGCACAGAGCAAGCACACACUGCCACUAUGCUACUGGAUGUCCUAGAGAAGGGAGCUUUCCUGCUGGCCAACAACAUGUAUGGGAAUCGCUUUUCUGAUCGAGCGCCCAGCAUUGAUCUCGAGGUGCAUGUUUUAAACACAGAGAUGGAGCAGCAGGACUUAUCCUUCCCACAGAACUACGCCAGCGACAGCACCAUCCAGCUCUCAGCUUCCACCAUCAAACAGUACAGUCGCAACGGACAAGUCAAGGUGGUGUUCAUCUUAUAUAAGAACUUGGGAUCCUUCCUGUCCACUGAGAAUGCCACAGUGAAGAUGGAAGUGGAUGGGCCGAGCCACGAUAAGAAGCGACUUGCAGUCAACUCCCAUGUGAUUGCUGCCUCCAUCAACAAAGAGUCCAGCAGAGUGUUUCUUAUUGAACCCGUUGUCUUCACACUCAAACACCUACAGUUGGACAAUUAUUACUCUCCAAAUUGCUCCUUCUGGAACUACUCUGAGCGCUCCAUGACGGGCCAGUGGUCGUCGCAGGGCUGCAAGCUGCUGGAUACCAACAGCACACACACCACUUGCUCCUGCAGCCACCUCACCAACUUUGCCGUGCUCAUGGCUCACCACGAGCCUGAUUACCAGGGGCGAAUGCAUGAACUGAUCCUGUUUGUGAUCACCUGGGUGGGGAUUGUCAUCUCCCUAGUGUGUCUAGCCAUCUGCAUCUCCACCUUCUGCUUCCUGCGAGGCCUGCAGACCGACCGCAACACCAUCCACAAGAACCUCUGCAUCAACCUCUUCAUCGCCGAGCUGCUCUUCCUCAUCGGCAUCGACAAGACAGAAUACCAGAUUGCCUGUCCCAUCUUUGCUGGCCUUCUGCAUUUCUUCUUCUUGGCUGCCUUCUCCUGGAUGUGUCUGGAGGGUGUGCAACUGUAUCUCAUGCUGGUGGAAGUCUUUGAAAGCGAGUACUCCCGCAAAAAGUACUACUAUCUGUGCGGCUACUGCUUUCCUGCACUAGUGGUGGGCAUCUCUGCGGCCGUAGACUACAGGAGCUAUGGGACCAAGAAAGCAUGCUGGCUGCGAGUGGAUAACUACUUCAUCUGGAGCUUCAUUGGACCUGUUUCAUUUGUUAUUAUGCUCAACCUCAUUUUCCUCAUGAUCACUUUACACAAGAUGGUACGAAACUCUUCAGCACUCAAACCUGACUCCAGUCGUUUGGAUAACAUUAAGUCGUGGGCUCUGGGGGCCAUUGCUCUGCUGUUCCUCCUGGGGAUGACGUGGGCCUUCGGCCUCCUCUUCAUCAAUGAAAACACAGUUAUUAUGGCUUACCUCUUUACCACCUUCAAUGCCUUUCAGGGCAUGUUCAUCUUCAUCUUCCACUGUGCCCUGCAAAAGAAGGUCCAUAAGGAGUACAGUAAGUGUCUGCGUCACUCCUACUGCUGCAGCCGCACCUCUACCACCAGCUCCCACGGCUCCCUGAAGAACUCGGGCCUGCGUGCCAACAACCGCUACUACAGCGGCAGCCAAGCUCGCCACGCAGCGGCCCACCGACAGAGUCGGAUCCGCAGGAUGUGGAACGACACGGUUCGAAAGCAGACGGAAUCUUCUUUCAUGGCGGGAGAUAUCAAUAACACCCCAACACUCAACCGCGCGACCAUGGGCAACCACCUUUUGACGAACCCGGUUUUACAGACUCGGACUGGCACCUCUCCUUACAACACGCUGCUGGCCGACAGCUUCACCCCACCCUCACCUGGCGUCUUCAACUCUACUGGAACCUUCCGUGACCCAAAGAGCACGUUAUCAAAGCCCCGUGAUCCCUGUGGGAUGGAAACCCUGCCCUUGAAUGGUAACUUCAACAACAGCUACUCCCUGCGCAGUGGCCCAGGGGGUGUAGGCGGGGGCAGCUGUGACUUCCUUGGUGGUGGGGGAGGAGAAAGUUCCCCACCUCUCCUGAAUCCUCGCAGCUCAGAGGCACUGGGAGGCGGAGGCAUCCGACGAAACCUCUCUGAUGCCGCGGCCUUCGAAAAAAUGAUCAUCUCUGAGCUUGUGCAUAACAACCUGAGAGGUGGUGGAGGAGGAUGCGACGUAGGGGACAGGGUUUGUGGCAGCCUGGCCAGGGUAGGUCCUCAUGGAGGGGUCGGUCGGGGGACAACAGGGGCCGGGCCAGAGCCAUCUAUUGGCAUGGAUGAAGACGAGGACUAUAUGAGAGAGGGACGGCAGCGCACUCCGCAGGAUGUGGAGCUGCUUUAUAAAGCUCUGGAGGAGCCCCUGCUGUUGCAGCGAGCCCAGUCAGUCCUCUACCAGAGCGACCCGGAGGAGUCAGAGAGCUACACGGCCGACCUCACCGAGAGCCUGGGCCACAGCGGCCACAGCGGCCAGAGUGCUGGAGGGCAGACGGGAAACAGAGCACCAGACUCCCCUGCCCGUGACUCCCUGUACACCAGCAUCACCAACCUGCGAGACUCACCCUACCCCGACAGCAGUCCCGAGCCACUUGAGGUGGUCCCCCGUUCAGCCCAGCCCCCUGAGGAGCUGUACUACAGCUCUGGGAGGCCCGCCCUGGGCUCUCGCGGGGCCCCAAUGCAGACCUUCUACCAGGCCCCACACCGGAGACCAAGUGGGGAGGGACACCAGGCUCAAGAGCCUGCCCAUAAUGAGGGAGACGGACAGAUGCAGCUGGUCACCAGCCUGUGACUGGAGGCUGAAGGAGGAAGUUGGAGACUUAUGUGAUGGCCAAAGCCACCUCCUAGCCUGCCUCGUUCUUGCGUCCCUCCACUUUCUGCUUGUUUGGUUGCCUUUCUUUCACUUGACUUUUAUUUAGCUAACAGAUGAACAAACAGAGUGACCUUUAGGGGGGAUUCAUGGCUGAGACUACAGAAUCAGCCUUUAUCUUAAACCCUCCCCAAUCUUCUGGAGAUGAGUGAUGGGAGUUUUGUCACAGAGCAUUCGUCAUGCUUUAUUUAACUCCGUUCCCCCAAGUUCUUUUGUGACCCUAAGGCCAAGUCCAGCACUCUGAAUGUACCACAAUCUACCCCGUUUACCUUCAGAUAUUUCCAAAACUUUAAAACUUUGUCAAUGUUUUUAUUUCUCAUUAGACCUGCCUCCGGAGAUGGGAAUAUCAUUUUGUAUUUUAUGUAAUUUCCCUGUCGUACCGUCCAUAGGUCUUUUUUUAAGUCAUUAUUUGAUAGGAGUAGCUCGCUGUGGAGACAGGGAAUAUAAUACACUAUUAUAACCUAAAAAAGUCUCACAGAAAGCUUCUUCAUUGUUGCCAAAAAUAUAUUUUAUUGAGCCAGAAGAGAAACUAGAACAUUCACAAACCAAACAUAUACACACUCGCAUACACUGUAUGCUCAUGUAUCCAGAAGUGCUCAUUACUGAACAUCAUAAGUCAAAAUCGUACUUCAUCUAAGUAAAGGGAACACAAGCGUUUGUUCCAGGCAGGCAGUGGGAGCUGAUUCAGUUGCCUUCAUUUUCUCUUGCUGUGAAUCGAUGACUAUGUACAGAAGUGGAGUAAAAGCAGAGACUGAGACGCUGCCCCCCCCCCCCCCCCCUUCCAAGAGCAGAAGAAUCUGCAUCCUAAAGACUGUCCAAUCCUCUCCACUGUUCUCUCUGGUUGUUUGCUUUAGGCAUUUGAAAAGUUAAAUGACUGCCUUGCUAUUGUUUUUAUGAGAGUAUUCAAUUUGUUGACUUUUGGUCUGCAUCCUUCUGGGGCUGCGAGGGCCCCUGUACUUUGCUGUUAGAGCCUAGCCAGUUGAAGUGGACUUGUUUCCUGUGUGUGGUUGUGACAAGCAAGACUAUAAACACCGCGAAAGCACUGGUCAACCAAUUGGUAUAGCCGUGUACAUAAGAACCACACAUGAAUCUACUUUAUUCCUUCUAUGUAAAUAGACAUAACAGAUGAUCAAAAGCAACAAAAUUAACAAAUACUAUGAAAAGUGACUUCUUGUACUGCAACAAACCAACGAAAGAAAAAAAUAAAAUGUUUUGGAGUUUGUGAACUGAAUGAUAAUGGUCUCUCUCCCCCGUAGCGUGAUCUCUUGCUUUUCUGUGCCAUUCAGUGAAAAAUCUAUAGGGAUCCAAUGGAGAUGGAAAUGCAGAGAGAGACAGAUAAUAAUGUCUAGUAGAUUUUAUUUAUAUAUAUAUAUAUGAAAAACGGAAAACAAAAAGUCCUGGCACAAUUUUGAUGUAAUAUAAUACACCCAGGUUGUUAAUGUUUGACCUUUGACAUUCCCACGGUGGGAUUGCCAGCAGCAGGAGGUGUGAAGAAAGCGAGAGAGAUGUUGCCAAAUGUCAUUCUGUGCCUCAAGGGCAGGAUGAAGCAUUGUGGGUAACGGCAGCAUCCAUAAAGUGAUUUUGUUUGUAUUACUUGGAAGAUGUAACCAGAUAACACUUACUUACGACAUGGGAUUAAGCAUGUAUGAUAAUGACAUUUGUUUUGCUAUCUGGAAAAAUUGCAUUUUGGUGUUUCUUAAAGGUAGUUUCAGCACUGUUCCAGAGCUUAAUGUGACAAUUCAUGAAUUACCUGUGUGCAUGUGUUUGUGUGCAUGUGUGUAAUUAUGAAUGCGUCUGAAUGGCUGGUUGUGUGUGUCCCGGAUGUGUGUGAGUGUGUGCGUGCGUGCCAUGCACCAGACUUUAGUGCACAAACAUUUGAAAGCUGUUUUUUCGUGACAUGACUUGGAUGCAAAUUAGACAAAGGUGAUACUCAUAUCAAAGAGCUACCUUAACUUCUUCGCCUCAAAUAGGAUAUUAUCUUGCUAUGGUGUUGAGGUACAAGGAGGACAGGAGAAAUCAGACCGCCUCGGGAGACGUGAGAUAACCAUACACCAUGAAAAUGACAAGCAGGGUUGACUGAUCGGAGGGAACAUCGUUUCCAAUAUGCCACCUUAUGCAAGCUAUACAUUUGAGAAAUUAGCUGUCAAGUGAGAGCCGCUCACGAGGCUCCUUUCAUCCAGCUGAAAUCUGUCUGACCUUUAAAAAUACUGAGAAUUCGCCUUCUCAAAUUCUGUAUUUAUAGGUAUUUGUUGUGGUUUAUUUAUCCGUUUUUAUGUAUGUUAUUGGAAUAUUUAUUCACCUUGAUUUAUUCAUGGCAUUGUCAUUUAUUUUUUUAUUUCAAAUGUCUUCCUUGUAAACCUGUGACGGGCGAAAGUGUGUGCCGUGAGAACAGAACGUGAGCAGAAAAUAGAUGCACCCACUGCAGUGUGACAUUUGGCUUGGCACUGUCUGUCCCACUUCUAAGAGAACCCAAAGGACGGCCUUUAGUGGUGGCUCCUGGGGCUGAAAAGAGAGAGGGUUAAAGACAGAUAAGGCAGAGGGAUUACAAGGAUUUACCACCAUUUAUUCUUGUUAUUCAAAUCACUUUUGUAAGUAUCAUUGUAAAGGCUGCAGAGCGCGAUGAGGCUCAGAACGAAGGCCCCCGGAAUCAUCACUUGAGCCAUAGAGGGAACAUGUGCAAUACUGCUGAUGGUACAUGACUUAGAUUUGAACCUGGGAGCUUCCUCUGUUUACAAAUCAAAGGCACUGCUGGACAAUGUGAAGCACAGAUGUAAUCUGUUGAUGAUGGGGCUCUGUACUGAGGCAGCACCCACUGGUCAACUGAGGACAACUGAAUGUACUUUAAGCACGACUGAAAAUAAAACAAUUCACUCCAGGGAGGAACUGUUAAUAGGAAACACAAGUUGGCCAUCAUCAUCUUAAUCCCCAUCAUUCUCAUCACCAUCAACAUCAUCAUUAACUCCAUCCCUCCCUCAUUGAAUUUGAUAUAAUGUGCUGAUGCUGAUCUCUGCCCGGGGAGAAGAAGUGUUUAGACAGGUACUCCCCAUGAGGGGAGGAAUGUGCAUCAGCUUGGGCCUGCUUCUCUCCUUUCCAGCACCUCCUACCUCCUUUUCUUUUCCUCCCUAUCCCUCCCAUCUCAUCCACAUUUUAAUAUCAAUCUCAAUGGACUCCAUUAGUGCAGCACUUCUUUGAGAGUGUUAAUUUGUUUUGUCAAAAGCGUUGUUUAUCCCAGAUUAAUAUCUCAAUAAACAGAGUGCAGUACUGUAGUAAAUGAUGGUGAUUAUACUGUAGAAGGUCCGCAGCCUUGCUUUGGGAUGGAGGCUCACACAACAGGAGUUUCUCCACCAUUCAAAGUCCUCUAAACCUGUGAUUACAAUAAUAACACAUUGGUUACUAAUUUGCUGCAGUGAACCCUCACUCUCUUUUUUCUACUUUCUUUUUCCAUCUCCGUCUGUUUCACAACACUUCUCUUCGGUUGGUGCCAGUUGCAACCUAACAUGCAUGUGCUCCAGUGAUUUAAGAGGUGGGAUGCCCGACCUUUGACCCAGUAGUGUCUAACCCUUGCAGCUUUGUGUCAGUGGAGAGUGAACUAUUGCUCAGUCUAUCAUUAGACAGCGGAGGUCCCAGCAGGCCUACAGUCAGUUUACUCGCAGUCGAGUCAUUUUUAACCAGUGAUUUGUGUGGCCAAUAUCACAACAGGAGGGUGGGAGGGGAAGAGGGGAAGGGGUGUACUGGUGUGUGACUUCAACAGCAGCAGAGGAACAGGGGCUGAUUAUUGUAUGUCUUAAACUGACCCAAGAGGGGACACAGUAGGGACAGCAGACAUGUCCCUGAUGUCACAAAUUCAUAGCCAUAGGCAGUCACUGAGAGAGGGGGGGAAGGGGGGAUAGAGGGGGAGGCGCAUUCGCAAUGAGGCUGUGCAGGACUGGAUCUGGAGAUAAGGAGAAGGAUGUGCUGCUUUGCUGGUGGUUUGAAGUCCAGAGCUUAUCACUUUAUUUAUUUUUAUUCAUCAAGCUGGCAUGUCAUAUUUUGAGUUGGUUCAUUGAAUAAAACUCUUCUGCCUGUAGAGGAAGAUAGAUGACGUGAUUGUUUUUUGGUUUAAUGGAUGCUUCCAUAAAUAAAUGUGAAAAAAUGAAUCCACUGCCGGAUUUUUAGAGUGCUAACAAAGGCAAGACGAUUUUCCUAUACAGAUUUUCUAAAAGCAACUGUAAACACUGAUAAAGUAGUACUAUUUUGUUAUUGGUCUCUUGUUGUGUGUCCACAUGACUAUACUGAAUACAGUACUUUUAGAGUAGUUUAAGAGUAUGUAGGGGUAUGGCAUAAACCCAGAGAUGAGGAUUGUGCUGUUUCUCUUUUGUGUUGAAUAUGUGUUCGUGGAGCUGUGCCAGCAAUUCAGGCCAUCUUUGAUGCACAGGGUGGGACCAACAUCAGAGGGGCUUUUGUGUGGGAUGAGUUUCUCCAAAUGUUAAACCUUUGAGGCACGUUCUACAUAUAAGCCCCAAGGUCCAAACAAACAUAUCUUUUGACACACAUAUAAUAACCAUCUUCAAUCAGGUUAGCUAGUUUUAUACACUGAAGUGAAGACUUGUAUCAGCUGUUUACUUGUUAACAUUUAUACACAUACAGCAGGAGCAGCUUGAUCUGUAGGCAUGUUUUUUUCUAUUUCUUCCUCUUCCUCAAAUGAGUCUCUGACAGUAAGGAGGGGCUGAACUGUGCCUGCAUGUGCCUGUCCAUGGCUGUAGUGAUCUCCAUCCCAUGUGAUCGUCUAUGGGACAGGUCAGUAAAUGCUGCCCAAGAUGAUAUGUGUCCAUCAUUAGAGGAAGAAUAACAGGUGUGAAUGGGAUAUUCUGAGUAUCAGCUAGGGGCUGUAUUAUUAACUCAGUACAAUGGAACCUGGUCAGUAUGGGAACAAGUUAUUGGGUGCUAAUGGUUUUACAUAACAGGCUGUAGGCAUUGAAAGAAACACUGCACUGAUAUCGUGCCAUGUUGGGCUCUACAUAUAGCACCAUUUCCAGAGCUUUCUGUGAUUUUUCUAUAAAAUAAAUAAUUUGUCAUGUACCACUGAAACAUUUGUAAACCAAGGUAAUAUAACACCUUGAUACUGUUACUAUUUUGUUUGAGGGAUAAUGUUCUUCUUUAAUUAUUUUCUCAAGACCAUUGCUCGACAGCUGUCCGGCCAAAGGGGAUGAU